AUGGGUGCCACUCUAGUAUUGUUGUUAUUUGCUACUAACAUCGCCGGGGUUCAUUCAUGGAAAUGGAAAUGGUUCCCCUGUAAUGGAUGUCCGACCCUGCUUCUGCGCAUUGUUAACGCGAGUUACGAGGAGGGGCACCAGCGAGCAUCGGGGGACGAGAAAUAUGAAGUACAACUAAAAGAAUACGAUCUAGAGAGUCCCAACGAUCUUUUUGACUCGUGUUCCGGCAAUAUGUACGAAAACGGAACAACGCCCUGCGUGGUCCGCGCACUUGAUUCGGAAUUUUGGGGGACCGAGUUCUACCUCAAAUUCAUCAUGAAUGCCGUUUACACGGGCAGCGGCACAGCUCGUUGUACGACCUUCGGGAAGCUCGAGGGAAAUUGGGGAAUCGGUAAUAGAGACCUAUCGGGAACCGCCUCACUUCAUGUAUUCCCAGAAGAGCCAUUUUGCCGAAUCGACUACAGGCUUCGUGAUAGCGAAGGCAAACUUCUCACCGGAACUAAGAUGUGCGAAUCGUGCUGUCGAUGGGAAUACAAGUGC